CGGGCGGUGGCUGCCGGCCCGGCCGUGGCUGUGCGGGAGAGCGGCGGCUCCGGCGGACGGAGCCCCGCGGGCACCAUGAGCGGUUCACAGACCAACGACACUAAAAGACAAUUUCUUCUAGAACGGCUGCUGGAUGCAGUUAAACAGUGUCAAAUACGAUUUGGAGGAAGAAAAGAAAUUGCUUCAGACUCAGAUAGCAGAGUGACCUGUUUGUGUGCUCAGUUUGAAGCUGUGUUCCAGCAUGGCCUGAGGAGAAGCCGGGGGUUGGCGCUGACAGCAGCUGCAAUCAAACAGGCAGCAGGUUUCUCCAGCAAAACUGAAACAGAGCCAGUGUUCUGGUACUACGUGAAGGAGGUGCUGAACAGGCACGAGCUGCAGCGCUUCUACUCCCUGAGGGCCAUCACGAGCGACACCGGCCGGGGGCGGGCCUGGCUGCGCUGUGCUCUGAACGAGCAUUCCCUGGAGCGAUACGUGCACAUGCUGCUGGCAGACAAGGGCCGCCUCAGUGUCUUCUAUGAAGACUGGUCUUUUAUGAUGGAUGAAGAACGUUCUAGCAUGAUCCCUACAAUGGCAGCUGGUCUGAACUCCAUUCUUUUUGCUAUCAACAUUGAUAAUAAGGAUUUAAAUGGACAGAGCAAAUGCACACCCACUGUGUCAGAUUUGUUGAAGGAAUCCACACAAAAUGUGACUUCCUUGCUGAAGGAGUCCACCCAGGGCGUCAGCAGCCUCCUGCGGGAGAUCACUGCCUCCUCUGCCGUCUCCAUUCUCAUCAAACCCGAGCAGGACUCUGACCCACUGCCUGUUCUGCCCAGGAGUGUCAGUGCUGAUUUGAAAUACAAAAAAGAUCGAAAAAAGAAGAAGAGGGUGACUAAUAUUAUCUCAUUUGAUGAAGAGGAAGAUGAGCAAAAUCUGGGGGAUUGCACAAAGACUCUGAUGACAGGAGAAAGUUCAGAGGAGAGUGUAGACAGAUCUUCAGUUCUUGCAUUGUCUUCAUCUGAAAGCACUCUGGGAAAAAACCUGAAUGGGAGUGAAAGUAACCAUUCGUGGAAGAACAAUUCAGUAUUCAUGAAUGGAGAGUAUGAAUACCAGAAACUGGAUGUGAAGAGCAUUGAUGAUGAAGAUGUAGAUGAGGAUGAGCUGUAUGGAAAAUCAUUAGGAAAUAAAGGCACAGAAGGUGGAACUGAAGCUUCUGAAAAGCCUCGUGAAAUAGUCCCGUGCAAUUCUCAGAUAUGCAGUUGGAGUCCUCUGCAGGUCCUGAAUGAUGACUCAGAUGUUCUAUUUCCUGUCAGUGCUGUUGGCUCUUACUCCCAAACAGAUAACUUGGAGAAUGGAGAGGGGCAUGAACAUGCUGUUCAUCCGGUAGAACUGGUUCCAAGGAGGUCUGAUCUUCCUUACAGAGUGGAAGUCAGUCCUCCAGCUCAAGUGAAUACUUUAAGCAGUAUGUUGCCUUCAGCCACUGUGCCAGAAUCCAUGACAAUUAAUGAACUUCGUCAAGCUAUCGUGGCCAUGAUGAAUAGAAAGGAUGAGCUGGAAGAACAGAAUAGAUCCCUGAGGAACCUGCUGGAUGCAGAGAUGGAGCAUUCUGCAGCUCUGAGGCAGGAGGUGGAGAACUGCAGGAGGAAGGUGGCAGAGCAGGAGGAGCGACAUGCCACCAAGGUGCAGGCCUUGGCACGAGAAAAUGAGGUGCUAAAAGUGCAGCUUAAGAAGUAUGUGGGAGCUGUCCAGAUGCUCAGAAGAGAAGGUCAAACAGUGGAAGUUCUGCCAAACAUUUGGAGCACUGAUGGUGAAUUUACAAUUCCAGAGCAAAAGCAAGCAGAAAACAAUGAGGAACUGGCCAGCUCUUAUGAAAGGAAAUUGAUUGAGGUGGCUGAAAUGCAUGGGGAGCUGAUUGAAUUCAAUGAGCGGCUGCACCGUGCUCUGAUGGCCAAGGAAGCUCUGGUGUUCCAGAUGAGACAAGAGCUCAUUGAUCUGAGAGGGCCAGUCCCUGGAGAUUUAAGUCAAACAUCUGAAGAUCAGAGUUUAUCAGAUUUUGAAAUAUCCAAUCGUGCUCUCAUUAAUGUUUGGAUUCCCUCAGUCUUCCUGCGUGGCAAAGCUGCCAAUGCAUUCCAUGUUUACCAGGUUUAUAUCAGGAUAAAGGAUGAUGAGUGGAAUGUCUAUCGAAGGUAUGCGGAGUUCAGAAGCUUGCAUCAGAAGUUACAGAAUAAGUACCAGCAAGUGAGGACUUUUAACUUCCCACCAAAAAAGGCCAUUGGAAACAAGGAUGCAAAGUUUGUGGAAGAGCGACGCAAGCAGCUACAAAAUUACCUAAGGAAUGUAAUGAACAAAAUUAUUCAAACUGUGCCAGAAUUCACAGCCAAUCCCAAAAAAGAGACACUUAUUCAGCUGAUGCCCUUUUUUCUCGAUAUCCCAGCCUCUGGAGAAGCAGUGAGCAAAAGCAAUCGCUCCAGAGUGAGCACGCGCUUCCCCAAACUGUCGCGCAGCCACGCCCGGGAGCCGCGGAGCCUGGAGCCCCAGAGCGGGGACCUGUGACCCUGCUGCCCUUGGCACCGUGGGCAGCACUUCUGGCAGUGCUUCUGUCAUCCCUUCCCAGCCUGUAUUUAUAAUUUAAGCUCCUGAAGAGACUACAGCUGCAUCAACUUAAAUCCUGAAAAGAGACAUUCAUUACCAAGGGUCAUAUCCUGAUUAACUACUUUGGAAGGCAGCAAUCACUUUCUCAAAGAAUACGAGGGCUCUUCACGAGAGCUCAGCAAACUGCUCGGCGUUUCCUUUGUUUUGUAAAGCUGCACUGCACAAAUUCUCCUUUGUUCCUCUGAAGUCCUUCUGUCACAAUGAAUUCCUUGUUUGUAUUAUGUUGUCCCUUUUCCGUGUACAGUUUUCUGUUCCAGAGAGAUGUGGGCUUCAUGUCAAGACAAUUUUUUUUCUCCUUAGAAGAACCUUUAUGAUUAUCACUACUUAGUAUGUCAGAAGGAUGUACUUAAAAGAACCUCACUAAUUUAUUACCUUUUGUAAAUAGAAAGACUGGGUUGUUUUGGUUUUUUUUAUUGUCAACCUCUGACACAUAAAGGUUUUUAAAAAAACUUCACCAUGUAGAUGAUGAGAAAAACAUUACAGGUGGAAAAAUAGCUUUUGUACAUUUCUAGAUAGAUAGUCUCAAUAGCAUUCAUCUGAGGGAAGUAAUUCUUUAAAAUCAGAGAAUGUAAUUAUUUUUAGUGAAAUUUCACUCUUGCUGUAAGGCAGGUGCAAUAUUAUUCAUUUCUACAAACCACCACAAGGAUACACAAAAGUAAUGUGGUACAAAACAGUGCUUUUAAGUCUUGGAUUAUAUUUUGUUAUUAAUUUGUGGUUUAUGUUACAGAACAGUCCAUCAUUAACAGGGCAGGGUGGAAUUCUCAGUCGGAUUUCGUAAUACCCUUCACAUGGUGAUACUUAAAAAUUGCCUGUAAUGAAAGUGCCUGUUACCCAUCACCUCUUUCUGAAAAGUAAUUUGUAAUGCUACUACUGUAAGAGUAACUAAAAAAUUGACAAGGAUUGUUACAAGUGAUGCAAGUCCUGAAAUGGAUUAACUGGAAUCCAGUUCAGCAUCCAUUAGCUGCACUGCCAUAGGCAGUUAAUUAUGUUUUAGCUAUCUUCUUCUCUUCAUUAAGUUUAAGCAGUGUAUGUUCAAAUUUUCUAUUAAUUGUGUUCUAGUUUUCCUUUAUGUAAGAACAUCAUUCCUCUCAGAAGUUUUUUUGGAUAACGUUACUUAAAUUGAUGUAUCUUGUCAUUUUACUAUCCAUUCAUUAUAUUAAAUUUUCACAUCUUAUAUUAUUCUCCAGGAAAAAAACAA